AUGCUAAUUCCCAAGACAGCCUUUCUGGCUUUCCUCCUUUCUUCUGUGCCCCUGGCGCACGGCGCAGGAGGAAAUAGUUCUUCACCCGACACCCGAGGCCGUCGUUGUGUGGUACGCUCUUCCAAUGGCACUGCAGACGACUCCCCCGAAGUGUCUAGAGUAUUCGCGCAAUGCGCGACCAAUUCAGUCAUUGUCUUCCAGGAAGGCGUUGACUAUAACAUUUUCCAGCCGAUCAAGGCCACAAACCUGAGCAACGUGGAGAUACAGAUGCAUGGAAACCUGCAUCUUCCGCAAAACAUCUCGGCCGUACGGGACAUUGUUAAUGCAGGCACCACUACUUGGUUUACUUUGGAAGGACCCCGUGUGGACUGGACUGGGCCCGAAAAUGUGAACAAUGGUUGGAUUAAAUCAUACGGCCAGGCCUGGUGGGACGCAAACCCUGCCAAUGGCACUGGAAUCUCCGGCCGGCCUCAUCUCAUGAGCUACAAAACCAGCCAGGCGUCGAUAAAAUACUUCAGAUCUGGCAAGCCGAUUGCUUGGAACAUGAAGCUCCAUGGCGAAGAUAUCACCGUCAGCCAUGCCAUUGUGGACGCUUCAUCCACUGGCAGCUUCCCAUUCAACACCGAUGCGUUUGACGUGAAGGGUACCAACAUCCGCAUAUCUGACAGCGUUAUGUAUAAUGGCGACGAUGCGAUCGCAGUCGGAUCCGAUUCACACAACAUUGUAUUCGAGAGAAAUACGAUUGGCUACCAAUCCCAUGGUAUGAGCAUCGGAUCACUAGGAAAGGAUCCCUCGGACAUUGUCAACAUCACCAACCUCAGAUUCGAGGACGUGACCGUGAUCGACGCUCUGUACGCUGCUCGCUUCAAGUCCUGGACGGGUGGCCAGGGGCUCGUCAAGAAUGUGACUUGGAAAAACAUCCGUGUAUACAACGUAUCGUUCCCGAUCUUUGUGACCCAGAGUUACUACGAUCAAAGCGUCUCGCGAGAUGGUGCUGAUGCCGAGUCCUCGGUGAUGAUGGAGGACUUUACCUGGGAAGAUUUUUCCGGCUCAAUUAACUCGUAUCAACCCGGUGAUGGAUCAUGCGCAAGCGAUCCUUGCUGGUAUAACGCCGGACUUCCGAACUUGAAGCACACGGAGGCAGUCAUCAUAGAGUGCAACACGGACAAGUCCUGUAAGAACUUUGUUACAAAGAACAUCCAGCUCUAUCCACAGGCUCUGGAACCAGCGAGCGUCAUCUGCAUGAAGGCUACGGCAGAGCUGAAUCCAAACCUGGGGUUCAGCUGCAGCAAUGGGACAUUUACUUCGGCAUAA